GUGCGCGCGCGCCGCGUGCCGCGUCUCGCACGGGAUCGCUCCAUCCUUGUUAUUAUGUAUUUUAUUCUGUUUUAACUCUCACUCCAGUCCAGACGAACGUCUCGCGUCAGAUCCUUGCCGUAUUAUUACCGGUGCGGUCCAAAUCAAACCCAGUUAUGUCAAUAUGAUCAUUAAAAAGUUGUUUAGCUAUCAGCCGAUCGAUGUCGGUUUAGUGAACUAGUGAUCUAAUAGUAUCAUAUUUAUUAAUACAAUUAAUUUUUGAUACCUUUUAGCAAUUAUGUAUAUUAUCAAAUCAUUGAUUAUGCUCCAGUUCUUUAUUGUUACGUUUUUAUUAUACGUUACUGAUGCAGUGCCCAACGUUAAGAGUAACAAGGAGCAGUGUACCGGGCGUGCCGCGUCAUGCGACGCGAACGCCGGACCGCGUCGUGCAGUAUGCGGGACAGACGGUCGCACGUACCAGACGCGCUGCCACCUCCUCAGAGCCCAAUGCUCAGGUGAACCCGUGGCGCUAGCCAGAAAAGGACCAUGUGCUGAGGGCCAAUCAUCCUGCCUGAUUGCGUUGCGCUAUGCCCUGAACGGGCAGGGCGGACGCCGAGCCAACUUCGUGCCGCGAUGCCGCGCAGAUGGCACCUACGCCGCCGUGCAGUGCGCGGCUGCGGGCGCCGGCGCCGCCGCGGGCUGCUGGUGCGUCACGCCCGACGGCAAGCCGCUCCAGGACACCGCGGUCAGGAAUGGGAGACCUGAUUGUACCAAAACCGGUAAAUCGCACACCAGACGUCGGUCAUCCGUCCGAGGUCAACGGAAUAAAAGAAGUUGUUCCCGAUCAGACCGGGUGUUAUUCAACGCGAAUCUUAUAAAGAUAUUCAGCGUAGAGUAUGAGCGCGCUCGGUCGGGCUCGGGCUCGAUGGAGCCACGCUCCGUGGCUGACUGGAAAUUCGGGGAGCUCGACCGCGACAGGAGCGGGGCCUUGCAGAAGCCCGAGUACAGGGGACUGAGGAGGCUCAUCAAAAAAUUGGUGAAGCCAAAGCGCUGCGCGCGCGCGUGGGCCCGCGGCUGCGACGCCGACGGCGACGGCGAGAUCGCGGCUACGGAGUGGGCCGCCUGCCUGCUCGACAAUCCGGAGCCGCCCACACCGGAUUUUUCUCUCCGUUUUUUCAUGUUGUUGAACGCAGACGAGGAUAAUGGACCGGAACCGGAACUUGACUAUGGGGAGGAGGAGCCGCCGCCGGACCCGAGCGCAGUGUUGCCGGGCAACAUCAGGCACUCUUUCGCGCCCGACGGCUCCGAGUCGGAGGCUCACCGAGAAGAUGAGGCCAACGACUGCCUCACGGACCGACAGGCCGUUCUGGACGAACAGAAAGCGGGCGCGGCGGCCCUUUACGUGCCUGAGUGUACUGGGGACGGCCGAUACGCGCGCGCGCAGUGCUACCGUUCCACCGGGUACUGCUGGUGCGUGCACCAGGACACUGGCAAGCCAAUCCCGGGCUCCUCCGUCAAGGACCUGCGGCCGGACUGCGACGCCGCGCCGCACCACGCUAGCCCCAUGAGAGGCUGUCCUGAACCAAUGAAGUCAAACUUCCUGCGAGACUUGAUGAGAUUUUUGAUUACAAAAAUGACGGCAACCACGAAUGGAACAGGGCCCGGGGAAAUUGUAAAAUGGGGGGCAUCGAAAGAAGAACAAGCAGCCACAUGGACAUACGUGAUGCUUGACAAGGACAAAAACAAAGCCCUGGAACGACGGGAGUGGAAGUCGUUCCACCAGCUGAUCGCCAACAUGGAGCCGCUGCGGAGGUGCGGGCGCAAGCUACCCCGCUACUGCGACAUCAACCAUGACUCCAAGAUUACUAUAACUGAGUGGAUGGCCUGCUUGGAGGUCACGCAACUCCCACUGAGCCAAACGACCGAGCCAGCUAAAGUUUUAAAUCCUAGAAGAAAAGGACCAAACCCACUUGAGUCAAUCCUGAAAGCAGAUGACUAAUAUUUAGGAAACAGUUAUGGAUUACAUAACAAAUGUUGCUAGCGUUGCUUGUGUUUAAAAACAGGCUUUCACUAAGAGUAAUAAUCGAAAUGUACAGUCACAUAUUCAUAUUACGCACUACGCAGCUUCAUUUUUGAUAAAAUGUGAGAUAUAUAACAACGUAAUUUUGCCGUUGGAACACGGCUUCCAUGUGACGGGAAAUUGUCGGGCUAGGCGCAAAUGCUGCAAGCCUUUUCAGCUUACUUACUGCGACUUUUUGCAGUUCGUCAAUUUUUUAUUAAAAGCCUAACGUGACUAAUCUCUGCAUGACAUUAGUCACGACGUUAGGAUCACCUGUGUAUAAUGGUAGGCUGGCGCUAAAAAUAUACCUGUUUACAAACCUUGGGACUAUUGUUAGCUAGCUUAUAAUGUCCUAAAAUAAUAAGAGGUUACUAGGUACUUCACGCUACACUUGCUCGGUGUUACAAAGAUGACAAGACGAAAAUGUGACAAUCUUCGUUGUCUUUGCCGGUUCUAAGGAUGUGUAAUCAGUAAAAAAAUCUAGGCAGGAUACAUAUUAAAAAAAAACUGGCCAAGUGCGAGUCGGACUCGCGCACCGAGGGUUCCGUAAUUUUUAGUAUUUGUUGUUAUAGCGGCAACAGAAAUACAUCAUCUGUGAAAAUUUAGACUGUUUAGCUAUCACGGUUCAUGAGAUACAGCCUGGUGACAGACGGACAGCGGAGUCUUAGUAAUAGGGUCCCGUUUUUACCCUUUGGGUAUGGAACCCUAAAAAUGUACAGUGACUAAGUCUAAUGGUGCCAGUAAUAAUGACGGAUGAAACUAUCUUACAAUUUUAAUGUAGCUGUUAUAGUAUUUUUUAUUAAACGAUGUUUUACUGGUAAACAUAGUUGCAUGGUAUUUUUUAAUUAUACCCGAAGUAUUAUUAUGUUUGUUAAAUGUAAUAUAAUUUGACUUGAAUAUUUAAAAAUGUGAUAGAGUUAGACCAAGAUAAUUCUGCAACGACUGAUAACACACGCAGUUGCAAGUGUUAUAUUUUAAACGUCAAACUUCUAUGAAAUUAUAACGUACAAAUAACACUUGCACUGCGUGUGCUAUCAAAAUCGUUGCAAAUUUGUCUUGGUCUAACUCUAUGCAUAUGUAUUACUGAAAUCACUCUGUACUUUUUAAAAAUAAAAGAAUGUAUCCUUUAAGUAAAAAUAACUAACUCAAGGUUUUAAAGCACUUUCCCUCCAGGGCCCAUUAAUUUUUUCCACCCUGUAUAGUACGAAAAGAGUUGUGUCCAGAUAUUUCCAAGCACAGUGUUUGCUUCGAUAUAUUGAAAGGCUUUAUAUCCUUUUACCCUUUUAAACUCCACGCGCAUAGGUAGAACAAUAUAAUUAUGUAGAUUGUGCUCGUAUAAAGUAUGCUACGAAGGGUAAUCUGGCUGGGUAAAUUAACCCCACAGUAACUAGCUUGUAGAUACCGUGGAUAAGGAACGUGCUAUAAAUGAAGUGAUAAACGUUAUCUGGCACGAAAAGUAAUAUUAGACACAAAUUACUGCCACACUCAUGGUCAUGACAAUAAUAAAUUAUACUAACAAAGUAGACGCAAUCUAAGGGGCUUGUUCCAGAUACAAGAAGUGUAUUAAUAAUUAUAGCAUAGGUAUUUAUAUUUAUAUAUCUUUUGAAAAUACGUACAUCAGACCUGCAUUGACAUUACAUACAUAAAUCGUGUUUAAUAUUUUGUAUUUUACUCGUAUCAGUUUUCGUACCCCUAAAUUUAACGCGUCUAAAUUCUUACGUACUUUAAGCAAUAAGAUUCACGAAAGAAUAUAGGAAUAAUAGGAAUAUGUGUACAUUCUUGGUGUCUAUUUACGCUGGUAACUUUUACGUGUCAAAAUGUAUAGGUAGUUAUAAAUUAUAAUUCGUGUCUAUAGGUGUUGUCUAAAUUGCUGUAUUUUUUGCAAAUAAACUAAACUAAGUAUUUAUAAUGUUAAGUAGUCAGUGUUAAAAGUAAGAACUAUGUGAUAUUUUUCUCUGUUAAUAUUAUUCCCAAAUAAAGAGAAUAAUGUAACUACUGGA